GAGAAUUAUAGAUAACCAGUCGAUUGUGGAAAAGAACUUACUCUUCGUUACAAAUUUAUUACUAUUGCACGUGAAAUAUGAGGUGUUUCGUUGUAUUAUUAUUUUUUUUCAAUUUAGUGAGGUCCCAAUUAAAUUUAAAAUUGUUACAAGACUAUGAGUCGUGGGAGAAUUAUGUGCUUAAAAAUCUAAACAGCACUGGUGUUAAUACUCUUUGUUCUGAUCAAUUGUUGGAAUUAGUGACCAAUAGUAAGGAUAACUUGUGGAAAUUUUUCGAUGCGACAUCAAAAUUCCCAUGGACCGGCUUGUCUGUAUCUUCAAAUUUUGAUUGGGGAAAUUACGACGAAUGUUUGAAUAUCAAUCAUGGAUAUUCAGGAGGGCAUAUAAAAGGAAAAUAUUGUCUGCUUAGUCUAUUAAUACCAAUGAAUUUAACGAAAUUUGAUCCUUCAGACAGUAACAAUUUUUAUAAAUUAUCUGUUUGUAUGCCAAAUGCUUGUACUCCUGAAGAUUACAACGCGAUAUUGAAAGUUUCUUUAUUUCAAAAUACACCUUGUCAUACUAAAGAUGAUUUAAAUAUAGUUACUACUGGAGAUAUCGCCAUGAUUAUAUUUCUUGUUGUAAUUUUAACAAUGAUGGUAAUUUCCACUUGGUACGAUGUGAAUAUUAAAAGACGAAAUAAAAAAUGCGCUCAACCAAUAUAUUUGGCAUUUUCCGUUUAUUCUAAUAUCAGAAAAAUUAUACAAACAUCAAAAAAUCACACCGAACAAAUUCAGGUGUUUAACGGAAUUAAAACUAUCAGCAUGGCUUGGAUUUUAGCAGGCCAUGCAAUGAACGCCUGGAACAAAUAUCCCGUUAUUAAUGAUGACGUCAUCUCUCGCAAAAUUGAGGAUAUAAAAAUUUUUUAUAUAACCGGCUCACAGUUGGCAGUAGACACGUUUUUUUAUAUGAGUGGAUUUUUAGUAGCUUUCAUUUAUAUGAAACAAAAAUCGAAACCGUUAUUUUUACAAAUAAAAUCGUUUCCAACAUUGAUUAUUUAUAGAUAUAUAAGAUUGACUCCAGCUGUCGCCGUAUUAUUUUUCUUUUCGAUAACAAUUUUUAAAUUUAUGGGCGACGGUCCUGUUUGGCUUGAAGGUAUUAAGGUUAUCACUGAUACCUGUCAAAAACAUUAUUUAUCGUUUUUUACCUACACCCAAAACUACGUGAAUCAUGACGAUAUUUGUCUGAUUCACACCUGGUACUUAUCAGCUGAUAUGCAAUUGUUUGUUUUUAGUACCAUGUUUCUAAUAUCGUUAUCGGUGUUAUUAACUAAGGAUCCAAAAAAUUUCCAUUUGGUCAUGAUGAUUUGUUUAUCGAUUAAUGUAUUUUUCAUUUUUUUACCUUUGAUAACGAAACUUAUAUGGAAUAAUUAUGACAAUCUCUUCGACACGCAUUCCAGAGCGAUAGACUACACAGUGGGGAUCAUGAUGGGGAUUUUUUUGAGAGAAACUAAGAAUAAACCAUUUCUUUUCAACAAAUUUCCAAAAACGCAGAUGGUUAACAUAAUGGCAUGGUUGAUCGUUUUACCCCUAAUGGGGGGCUGUACUAUCCUAUAUGAAGAAUUUAUUUACACUGGAAAAUAUUCCCAUACGAUACAAUCCUUAUUCUAUAGUUUUUAUAGACCGAUAUGGUGUAUAGGAUUGAGUUGGAUCGUAUAUGCCUGUUAUUACGGAUAUGGAGGUAUAAUUUCGUGGAUUCUAACUAGACCAAUUCUACAAACUAGUAAAUUAUCGUACUGCAUGUAUAUUGUACAUGCCCUUCCAAUUAUUCACUCAGUAUUAUCCGAUAAAACUAAACUUUAUUUCAGUGACUGGAUAUGUUUUUUUAAUUGGUGCGCAUUAUUCACAAUUAGUAUAAUCAUAUCUUUUAUCUGGGUAUUAGCAUUCGAAUCUCCAAUGAUCACAAUAGAAAAACUAAUUUUCGGAAGAGGUUAUCCAAAAAAACAAAACUCAAGAACUUCAGUCAAAACUAUCCAAAAAACAUCAGUUGCUUGAUAAAUAAAAUCAAUAUUUGGAUUCAUACAAAGAAACGACUUAGGCUGUCAAUUAAAAAUAUAUGGUAUAAGUCAAAUACGAUCGUUUUCUAUAUUUCCUUUAUAAAAAGUAUUAGAAAUAUAUUUUUCAUGAAGCAA